AUGUCAUUCGAAGAUCUUUACGAUUAUUGCUUCCGAAAUAUCGGUGUGAUACAUCUCAUUCCAUCUUCAACUUCCGCUAAAGGUGGUAACGAUGAUCAAAAUGAACUGACAACAUUGGAUGUGGUAUUUGCAAGUUCUCGACAUGUUAUUUUUUAUUUGAUUAAUUCUAGCUGUACACGAUCGUUGGAACCGAUUUCAUCGCUUAAAAAGCUUGUUCAACAACGAAACAAUAUUUUCUCCAAUUAUCCAAAAGAAAAUUCAACACGAUUACGUCGUUUUUUUGGUGGCAAUAAAAAGAGUAAAAAAAAAAGAGUGAUUGAAGUGGAUGAUGUAAAUGUUGUAAUCAUUGAUUUGGAUCUUCAUGAUAAUAAUGAACGAUCGGAUGUUGCCGCUAUCAGUGAAUCCGGAUGGUAUAUUCUUGUACCAAUCAAUAUUAUGGCUAAAAGUCGUUUAUUACGAGCAUUACAUUAUUGUUCAACGCCAUCAUUGAUCGUGUUGGAUGCAUCAAGUAGGCAAAUUAUCACUGAUGAUGGUCGGCGUUUGUUGCAAGAUGAUCCGAAUGGUUUAAAUUUUCCGUGGUGUAAUGCGACACCAGAAGAGCUUUUUCAAGGUGCUGUAUUAAGGAAUUGUAAAGAAGUUGAUGGUACCAAGAAAAUAGUAACUGAAAAUUUUCAAAAUUUAAAAUCAACUGUUAAAGGAUUAUAUUUUGGUGCCAAUUGGUGUCCACCAUGUCGAUCAUUCACGCAACAAUUGAUUUCCUGUUAUGUAUCAUUGAAAAAUGCCGGUAUCCCGUUUGAGAUAUUUUUUUGCUCAUCGGAUAGAUCGCAAGAAUCAUUUGAGCAACAUUUUUCAACAAUGCCAUGGCUAGCAUUUCCAUAUGAUCCACAAAAAACAACUCAACUAACUCGUUUAUACAGCGUAAAUGGUAUUCCGGCAUUUUUAUUAUUGAAUGAGGAAAAUCGACUAAUAACAAGGCAUGGCCGUAAUGUACUACUUAAUGAUCCAUGCGGUAGUUUAUUUCCGUGGGGACCGUUACCAUUAUAUGAAUUGAAUGAAAAUACAUUAUGUCAGCUAAGAGAUGAACCAUCAUUAGUAUUAUUUACAGAAGGUUCACCGGAUGAUGUUACUUUUUCGAUGGAAGUAUUACGAGCAACUGCUGAAUCACUUUUCCGUGAACGACAAGAAUCAAUAAAGCAUUCAACAUCAAAGGAAAUUGAUAAUACUGAUAAUAAUGCUAAUGAUAAUGGAAAUAGUGAUAAAGAUAAUUUAACAUAUUCUACUAAUUCAGUAAAUAGCUCGAUCUCAUCCGAUCUAUCGGUACCACCAUGGGUUGAUCCAUUACAAAUAUUUUAUACGGGUGAAGAUCCGUUAUGUGAUUUUAUCCUGGAAGGAUUAGGACUUAGUAAUGCGGAAUUACCACUUAUCGUUAUUUUGGAUGCAACAGUUAGCCGGAUGUGUAUUUGUGAGAAGCCGGAUGUGAGCGCUGAAAUUGUUGCCGAAUUUGUGGCUGAUUAUAAGAAUGGAAAAUUGGAAAUGGUACCUUUGCCAACAGCAUGUCAGACUAAUGCUCAACAACCAACUCGAUACGGUAAUAUUCCAGCUCAGGCUGUUCAUCAGGCAUUGGGUAUCGGUGGUUUACCAUCACCAGCUAAUUCAAUUUUAAAUGAUGAUAAUCAAUCAACGAUAACCAAUAAUGAUCAGCAGAUACCAAUUGUUCUUUAA